AUGCGCGAAAUUUUAUAUGGCAGCGGUUGCAGUCUAAUAACUAUACCUGUGGUACACGUCCUGGCGGUCUGUGAGGUCCCGCGACUCGUUGAAGUCGUCCGCCUGGCCGCUCGCGAUGAUGCGGUCGCGCCGCUUGUUCUCGGCGACGCACUUCCAUCUAUACAGCAGCAUGCCUGCAAUCAUGAUGAUCCACAGCACAAUGUCCACGAUGAUGCCAGCCGUGAAGGUCGGGUCUGCGGAGUAGUUCCACCACUGCGCGGCCACCACGGCCGCGAGCGAGUAGCCGACGUAGUACAGGUUAUUGACGAUCGACUUCUUGGUGUUUCCGCGGACGUUCGAGGCGUUCAAACUGAGGUUGAUGGAGUAGAAGGAGGUUAUGCAGGAACCGAGCCAGCCGCCCACUAUAACCCCCCAUCCGCCGGUAAAGCGCAACUUGAACAGCAUUACGUUGCCCGCAAGCGGAACAAGGAUCAGCAGACAGAUGAUAAUACACCGCUGUGUCGGUGCGACUUUGAUCAUGGCCACGCCGAUCCAGAUCAUCGCAAACUGCACCGCGCCCGACGGCGAGCUGUACUCCAUGGUCUUGAACUUGUCAUAACCAAAGCCGUUGAUGAUGAUGGUUGA